UCAUAUUUGUUUGUUCAUAGAUUCUCAUGCUUUGAUCAGGAAGCAGUACAGAGAAGCAAGAGAGAGAGAGAGAGAGAGAGAGAGAAGAGUAUUUGUCUUUAUAGGUUUUGCUCUACAAACGUUUAUGAGUAAUAUCUAUAGAAUUUGCCAACCUGGGAAAGUCCGGAGAGCAUUUCCUCGAUGGUAUCUUCGGUUGCAUCAAUGAAAUCACAGCAGCCCUUGCGUUUGCUAGGAUGAGUGAAUCAGCUUAUAGGGUAGAAACCACAUCCCGUCUUGCCCAAUGGAGGAUCGAAAAUCUUGCUUCCUGUACCUACCGCAAAUCCGAUCCUUUCAAAAUCGGCAAGUGGAAAUGGCAUAUAUCAGUGGAAAAAAACAAGCUUUUAUAUGUUAAAUUAUACCCAGAAAUAUCAAGCUUAACAAGGGAUAAUCCCCCGAUUGUAUCUUUCAUCAUCCGAGUGGUCUCAUCUGCAGGGGAUCGGAAGGCUUUGACUCAUCCAGAAAUUAUAGACAAGCAGCUUAAGAACAACGACGACUUUAUUUGGCAAAUUGAAGUUCCAUUAACAGGGAAGUUCAUCAUUGACGUUGAAUUCCUUGACUUGAAGAUUGCAUCACCAGAGGGUGGGGAACCAUCCUCCAUCUGGGCAGAUGGAUUGACACAACAACGAUCGAAUUCAAGAGCUCUUAUUGCAUUGGGUCGAAUGUUGAAGGAAAGCAUCCACACAGAUAUCAUAAUUAAUGCUUCUGAUGGAAGUGUUGGAGCCCAUCGCGCUAUUCUUGCUUCACGAUCACCUGUUUUCCACAGCAUGUUUUCACAUGACCUGAAAGAAAAGGAACUAUCUACCUUAAACAUCUCUGAUAUGUCUUUUGAAGCUUGCCAGGCUUUUCUUAAUUAUAUGUAUGGUCAUAUCCAACAUGAAGAGUUCCUGGCCCAUAGACUGGCACUUCUUCAUGCAGCUGAUAAAUAUGACGUAGAUGACCUAAAAGAAGCCUGCCAUGAUAGUCUGCUAGAAGAUAUUGAUGCCAAGAAUGUGCUUGAAAGACUCCAGAAUGCAUCUCUUUAUCAAUUGCCAAAACUGAAGACCAGCUGCAUGCAGUAUCUUGUGAAGUUUGGUAAGAUACUCGACAUCCGAGAUGAAUUCAAUGUCUUUCUGCAGAAUGCAGACAGGGAUCUAAUAGCUGAAAUCUUCCAUGAAAUUCUUAAUGCUUGGAAAGGCUUCUAGCUUGAUGAAGGGGAUGGUUAAUGUUAGUGUGUUUAUGGUAUACACAUAAGAUUGCUACAAGGAUUUAGUGUCAGAAUUCAACCUUGAAGGUGAUUCUUCUAAUUAUUUGUCCUGAAAUUAGUCAGGUUUCUCAUGAUAGAUGAUUGUGUUAUGAAUACAAAUACAAUUGAAAGAAAUGUAAAUGCUUUGAUGUUCUGUGUUUGGAAUUUUA